UGUAGCAAGAAAAUUAUGACAGUCCUACGGAGAUCUAACUUAAAUGGAUAAUUUUAUCAUUAAAUUUUAUCAACCGUUCGAACAAAUUGAAUAGCGGAGAGGUGAAAAUUGUCUGUUAUGUAACAAGUGUUUCUUAGCCAUAAAUUACUAGUUUCAAAGAAUUUUUCAGGAACAUUAUUAACUAAAAGCGUUUUCAAACCAAACAUGAAUGCAAGUGACGUAAGUGAUUUGGACAUUUUCAGCAUGCGAUAUAGUAAAUGGCAUGGUUACAUAAGCUUGCUUAUUUGUGCUCUUGGGAUACCACUCAAUAUUUUAAACAUUAUUGUUCUUACAAGAAGUAAAAUGCGCACUGCCAUUAACUUUAUCCUCACGUGUAUCGCGAUAUGCGACAUGACAACAAUGUUGUCUUACGUACCCUUUGCUGUCCACUUUUAUUGUCAGUAUUCUGCUAAUUCAAUUUUACCUGAAAAGAACAGUUUGCAAUGGAUGAAUUUUCUGUUGGUACAUCUAAAUGUAACGGCCACUGCUCAUACAAUUUCAAUUUGGCUUGCCGUUGCACUGGCAAUAAUUCGCUAUCACCAGAUACAUUCCCCGGCACACGGCAGCAUAACGCACAUGCGUAGAAUUAUACGUGCUCGAGUGAUAACAGGAACCAUUGUUAUAUUUUCUAUCGUGAUAUUAAUACCGAAUUAUUUGUGUCACAAAUUAAAACUCCACCAGAGUCGUGAUAAUUCAACGUUAUAUGUUUUUGAAGAAUGGCGUCUUGGUUCGGCACAAGUCGACACAAUACGGGUGAUAGCGUUGGUAAUGUACAGUUCAUUGGCAAAGCUGCUCCCAUGUGUGAUGAUCAUAAUAUAUGGCGGACUUCUUCUAAGGACGUUACAUAAAACGAUUCAACAUCAACAACAACUAGCAGCGACGUCGUGUUUAAACUCAAAGAGAAGUAACAACCCUUCUAGAACGACAACCAUGUUACUGAUUGUGUUUGUCCUCUUCAUAUUUACAGAACUGCCUCAAGGGAUUCUUAUCUUAUGUUGUAUAUUUAUAAAGAAUUUCUUUGAAAGAACCUACAUUCCUCUCGGCGACGUAAUGGAUAUUUUUACAUUACUUAACAAUAGUAUAAACUUUGUACUGUAUUGUACUAUGAGUCAGGAAUUUCGACGUGCGUUUGUAGAAGUGUUCUGCUCAUCGUCUAGAAAUGAUGAUCGGAAUAAAUAUCCAGCAUCGUCCGCGGUGUACCAAAAUAACAUAAAAACAAGUUAUAUAUAA